AUGGAUGGUGAAGUUAGCAAUGUAAAAGUUUGUGUAAGAUGUAGACCAUUAAGUAAAAAAGAAAUUGAACAUAAUGAAAAAAUUGCAGUAUUUGUAAAUAAAAUUGAAAAAAAUAUAACAGUUAAAAAUGUUAACAAUCCAGAGGAAACAUCAAAAACAUUUACAUUUGAUGAAAUAUUUGAUGUAGAUUCUAGUCAAAUAACUGUAUACAAUACAGUUGCUCGACCUAUAGUUGAAAAUGUAUUAAAAGGUUACAAUGGAACAAUUUUUGCAUAUGGACAAACGGGAACUGGAAAAACCUAUACAAUGACUGGUAUUCCAGAUAUACCAGAGCAACAAGGAAUUAUACCAAAUUCAUUUGCUCAUAUAUUUGAUCACAUAUCUAAGUGUGUAUAUGUUAAAGAUUUAACUACUGUCACUGUUUCAAAUGCUGACAAUAUGUUUAAAAUAAUGGAAAUAGGAUCUAAAAAUAGAAGUAUUGGUGCUACAAAUAUGAAUGAACAUUCAUCAAGAUCGCAUGCUUUAUUUACUGUUACCAUUGAAUGUUCGGAAAUGAUUGGAAAUACUCAGCAUUUAAUACAAGGAAAAUUACAUCUAGUUGAUUUAGCUGGAUCUGAAAGGCAAUCGAAAACAGGUGUAACUGGAAUUAGAUUAAAGGAAGCUUCAAAAAUUAAUUUAAGUUUAAGUACAUUGGGAAAUGUUAUAAGUGCGUUAGUUGAUCCAAAAAGUACUCAUAUACCAUAUAGGAACAGUAAAUUAACAAGGUUAUUACAAGAUUCUCUUGGUGGUAAUUCAAAGACCUUAAUGAUUGCUAAUAUAGGACCUGUUGGUUAUAAUUACGAUGAAACAAUUAGUACUCUAAGAUAUGCAAAUAGAGCUAAAAAUAUAAAGAAUGUUGUUAAAAUUAACGAAGAUCCUAAAGAUGCUUUAUUGCGAAAGUUUCAACAGGAAAUUGAAUUAUUACGAAAACAAUUGGAAGGAGGUGAAAUUGACAAUAGUGAAACAAGUGAUCAAGAAUUAGAUGAAAUUACUCCACAAUCAGAAGUAAAUGUUGAAGCUUGUGAUGAUCGUUGGAAUGAAAAAAUUGCAGAAAAAGAAGCUGAAAUAAGACAAAUUCGUUCAGAUUUGGAGAAACAAAUAGGAGUUACUGAUGGUGAAAGAGAGAAAUUAAUCCUAGAACUUCAAUCUAAAGAAGAUGAACUAGAAAAAAGUCGUAAAGAGCAUAAUGCUUUAAAAGCAAAGUUACAUCAAAUUGAAAAGAAUUUAAUUAUAGGUGGUGAGAAUUUACUUGAGAAAGCUGAAAUUCAGGCAAAAUUGUUGGAGGAAAGUAACAUUGAAUUAGAACAAUCUAGACAAAGUGAAGAAGAAUUAAGAAAAGUAUUAAAAGAAAAAGAAGCUGAAAGAUUAGAUAUUGAAGAAAAAUAUUCAUCCUUGCAGGAAGAAGCUAAUGGCAAAACAAAAAAACUUAAAAAAGUGUGGACUUUACUUUGUGAUGCUAAAGAGGAAUUAAAGGAUGUCCAAGAAGAACAUCAGAGAGAAAUGGAAUUACUAUUGGAUAAUGUUAGGCAAUUGAGAAGAGAAUUGAUGUUGUAUUUAACUAUUAUUGAUAAUUACAUUCCAGAAGAGUAUUUAGAAUUAAUAGAAAAACAUGUAUCAUGGAAUGAAGAAAUAGGCGAAUGGCAAUUAAGAGGCAUUGCAUACACAGGAAACAACAUGAGGUCUACAAAGGGUGUCGUACCAAAAGUGGUAAAAAGAGAAGAUUCUCAAAUGAAAAAUGUUUAUCUUAGUUAUGCAAAUAUUUUAGGUGCAAUGACACAUCCUCCAUCUAUGGCUUCAAGAACCAAAGCUCGAUUAAAAAGUGCCAAAAAAGAACGUAGUGAUGCUGCAUUGAAAGCAUUAUUAGACUAA